UUACCCUACACCCUGACCUCACGGGGCGGGGUCACACUGACCUUAACCGACAGGGACAUUGACAGACUUCAGAUGUUUCUCAGAAAAAAUCUCAUCUUAGAAAACCUCAGGGACGAGACAAUAUCAGAAACAGCUCCUGGCACGUUCAACUGGGCGUCCUACUAUGGGAACCACAUGGUUCUACAGCAGGGCCCACACAGGGCUGUACUCUGGGGGUAUGGAGAGGUGGGAGCCACUGUCAAUGUCAGUUUUACAUCAGGAGGUUUCUACUCAACCAAAGUUUAUAAAGGAAAUGGUGGGCAGGGUGUUUGGAAAGUCUCGCUAGACCCCAUGCCACCAGGAGGGCCCCACCAAAUUCAUGGCGUCCAUGACGUAAAGGGAACAUUGCAGCAGAUUUCUCUUGAUGACGUGAUGUUUGGAGACGUGUGGGUGUGCAGUGGACAGAGCAACAUGGAGUUCACUGUAGGACAGGCAUUCCAUGCCCCCACGGUCAUAGCAGAGGCAGCUAACUUCCCUGACAUUAGACUGUUCACUGUUGAGAGAAUGCUGUCAGACAAACCCCUGUAUGACUUGGACAAGAUCCUCCAGCCUUGGGCCGUGGCCAGCCCUGGUGGUGUUGGAGGUGCAGACUGGCAGUACUUCUCUGCUGUUUGCUGGUUCUAUGGGAGAGAUCUGUACAAACACCUGGGCUACCCCAUCGGACUGGUGGCCACUACCUGGAGCGGCACAGCUAUAGAGACAUGGUCAUCUCCUCAGGUGUUGGAUAGCUGCGAUAUAACACAAAGUUACAUGGAAGAGUUUGAAGAUGCAGAGCUGGGAGACACACCCGGGGAACACUCAGUGCUGUGGAACGCCAUGAUUCACCCUCUGCUGAAUAUGACAAUCAUGGGGGCAAUCUGGUAUCAAGGAGAGUCCAACACCCCUGAACCUGACUCCUACUCCUGUUCCUUCCCUGGGAUGAUUGACAGCUGGAGGAAGGAGUGGUACACGGGGACUGGGGGACAGACAGACAGACACUUCCCCUUUGGAUUUGUGCAGAUAUCAACUUCAACACCGGGUGCAAUGGGUAGGAGCUAUCCUGCCAUCAGGUGGCACCAGACAGCUGACUACGGCUAUGUCCCUAACCCAGUCAUGCCCAAUGUCUUCAUGGCAGUGGCUGUGGACCUAGUGGAUCCAAACUCUCCUUUUGACAGCAUUCAUCCUCGCGAUAAACAAGACGUUGGAAGCCGAUUGGUCCUCGGUGCGCGUGCUGUAGCGUACAAUGAGGCCAACGUGAUAUUCCAGGGCCCGCGUUCUGUCAGUGUGGACGUGGACCCUGAGAAGAACACCGUGCGUAGGGUCUACUCCAAAUCAGUGAAGAUCACUGUUAAGUCCGACGACGGUUUUGAGGUAAGAAAAGUGUGCUCCAUGACUUCGCAUGAGUGGGUUCAAGUCCCCAUCGUGUUCAGCACCUCCUAUUCCAUCACCCUGCAGCUCACGCAGGACUGCUGGGAGAACGUCACGUACAUCCGCUACCUGUGGAAGCAGUGGCCCUGCGACUUUAAGGAAUGUGCCGUGUACUCUGUGGAAAACGACUUACCCGAGGCGCCGUUCUUUGGAUGCAUGAUGGAACUGAACAAGAAACCUCCCUGCUAG